AUGGGAGUUGUGCUUGGUCAGGAUGAAUCAAUUGUCACAUCAUUCGAAAUAAUAGAUUUGAAUUAUUACUAUGAAAGAUUGCCACAGUUCAUCACCAUGUUUCCUGAUUUGAAACCGCUUGGGUUGUAUUAUAAUGAAACGGUAGAUCCUUCAGUGAUUGAUGAUAUCAAUAAAAUAUUAUUAUUACCUUUGAUCAUAAUAACUAAUUCCAAAAUAUCUCACAGUUCGUCAUUUAUUCAAGGGUUUAUAGAUGGUAUUGAAACAAAGAUAAUAAUUAAGAAUGAUGAAAUCGAAAGUAUUGCAUUGAAGUCUUUAAACAAUGACAAAAACACCAUUGAUAAAGAUUCGAUAAUUAAUUCGGUUCACCAAUUAGAUGCUUUCUUGAACAAUCUUUUGAAUAACUUAUUGUCCAAAGAAAUGAAUCCAGAGAAAGCCAUAAAGAUUAAUAACCUUGUUGGUCAAUUAUGUAAAAAGCUCAAGAAUAUUAGAGAUUCUCAAGAGGAUAAUUCCGAUCUUUUAGUUAAUGAACUAUCUUUAGUCACACUAAAAUUGAGCAACAUCGAUAAAUUGAAUACUCAAAUAAUCAAUAAGAUGUCGUUGGUCACAAACAGGAGGAGAAAUUUGGAAACCAUAGACAAAUUUGAGAGAGUGGUUCAGAUGGGAUAG